AUGAAAGCAAAUGAAAGCCCAGAAACAACACUAGAACAGGCUCUGGACCAGCAUAUUGAAAAGAUCACUAAACAGUUAAACCAACAACGACUGCAAGCACAAACUAAUAUUAAAAACGCACAAGAAAAGCAAAAAGGAUACUAUGAUAAGAAUAUAAAGUCUAUUGAAUUUAAAAUCGAUGAUCAAGUUCUUCUUUACAAAUCUGCAAACGAAAAAGUAUACAGUAACAAACUUCGAGAGAAAUGGAAAGGCCCCUAUUUUAUUUAUGAUUAUGGAGCUCCAAGAACCUACAAGCUAAGAACGAUUGAAGAGAAA